AUGAGCGACCCACCCGCCUCGGGUCCACCUCGCUUUCGCGUCGUUCCAGCAGGAAGGGGACUCGGCGAGAUGCGCCCCCCGACGUCCAUGCCGUCGGCCAUCCAACACGCCAUGGCCUCGACAACUCCGCAAAAUAUCGACUAUGCGUCCAUUCAACCACCGCCACUCAGGGAACCACAUCCACAACAUCAACCACCAAUGCAUGGCGUGAGUUCGCCGAUGAUCAGGCAGGACAAUGGCGCUGGACCUCAGCAAAUGCAAAUCGGAUCUCAGCCAAACAUGCACCAGCCGCCUCAACAAUUUCAUCAACAAGCACGACCAAUUGGUGCACCCCAACAACCACAGCAUCAAGGACAACCGAUGGGUGUUCCUCAACAAUCACCACAGCAUCAAGGACAACCGAUGGGGGUUCCUCAACAACCACCACAUCAGCAAGGACAACCGAUGGGCGCACCUCAACAACCACCACAGCAACAUGUUGACCCAGUGACGAAGAGUGUCAAGUUGUUUCAAACACUUUUGCGCAACAAGCCCGAUAACGUGCGGCCGAGAUUGAUUGGCUAUGUAACGGAUGUGAUCCAUGGCACGAUCGAACCCGAGGAAUUCACUAAUCGCUUGGAAGAAGUGCUCGGCUCAAAGGCUCAAUCGCAUUUAUUGGCAUUUCUUCACGAGACGCUGCCCGUUUUACGAAAAGCUAUCGAAAACAAAGAGAUCAUUUAUCAAGUUGAACAAAACGGCGAUCAAGCGGUGAUCGAUUUCGCGAAGAAUUUUACGAUACAACAAAUGAUGGGAACCCCGGCAACAUCACAACAACAACCACAAAAUCGCUUACCGAUGGGAAAUCAGCAACAAAUGCAGCAAAAUCAGACUCCUGUAUCGAUUCGCUCAGGAGCAAGUGGGCCUUUGAUGGGUUUGAAAAACGAAAUUAUGGAGAUGGAUGAUUUGCCAAAUGUAAGCGAGCUGCGAAGAGAAAUUCAACAAGUCACACAUAAGGAAGAGCCAAAUGUACAGCAAAUAGUACAAGCACCGCCAAGCGAAGAGGAAACCGUUCGCCAGUACAAGGAGAGUCCAUUUGCGAAUACACUCAUCCAGCCGGCACAAAUUAUGACGAAAAUCACACAGAGGAUGAAUAUGGCUUGCUACGUUGAUGAAGAAUUGGUGACGCUGAUUUCGGAUGCAACCGAGUACCGAAUACGAGAGCUCAUUGGCGAACUUGGUGUGAUGGCUCAGCAUCGUCUAGAUCCUAAUCCAAAAGCUAAUCCCGACUAUUUUGUGCUCGACGAUGCGAAAUCGCAAAUUAAAUGGCUGGAGGCUAUGGAUAGACAACUUGAAGAACAGCGCUUGAACCGCGAGAAAGAGGAAGCGCUUCGGAUGGGCAAAGGGAAAGGUAGUUCAACGAAGGACUCGAUUGAACGUGCAAAGGAGAUGCAACGAGCCGACGCUGAGGCGAAACGAACUCGCGAGGCCAACGCGGCAGCCAUUGCGGCUUUAAGCGGAUCAAAAGCAAAGACUAACCGAUGGGACGCGGCCGGCGCCGGCGCAGCAGCACAUCAAACGCUUCGCUCGCGUGCCAUUCGUGUUAACAUGCGAGAUUUUCAUACCGUUUAUGCGGCCAACCCUAGAAAUCGCCGCUCCACGUUACUGCACAAAUUGGCCCUAGCCACACCGCCUACUGAUCUUACCCUC